CGUCAUAACAAAGUGUUUGUGUUGUGUGUACUUUGCGGUCUGUUGUGCAAAUUCUCGGGAAAAAAUGUGUACACGGUCACGAAGUGAACUUUUCGCCAACCUCUUAAAUGUGAUGGGCAAGUGGUAAAAUGCAUGGCACGUAAGAAUUUCGACUCACGGCCAGCUGACAACAUCCGUGAAAGCAAAUCAGUGACACUCGUCGUUAUCCCGGCCAUCAUCAAGGCGAAGGGAAAAAUCGAUUUUUUUACAUCACAAUGGCCGGGAAAAUGCUUGAAAUGAAAAGCGUCCUCCUUGCUGACUUUACGGCGGAUAGCUGCAGUCUGUCUGCAGGCGACGAGAGCAGUGAGUCGAAUUUUAUUCUGACUGGGGAUCAGAUCCUCACCGAAGACCAAAUCAAGAAGGAACCCGAGUUCAUUAUUGACGAUGAUGCAGAGAAUGAGAAGCUGAUCCAGUUCUUGCGAGACAAGAAUUUGGAUGCGAAGGAACCGACGGAUUUGGAGUGGCACAGCUGUAUAGUGUGCGAAGAGCGGUUCCUCAAUAUUGAGGACUUAUCGCUCCACGUUCAGAAGCAUGUGAAGGACGAGCCGGGCCGGGGGACGCCGAUGAGUAAGUCGAAGCGCAGGAAGUAUGGGAUUCGAUCGGAGUAUACCGGAUUUACCAAGGAGGAGCUUUUUCGUGACUAUGUGAAAAUCAAGGUUAGUCUGGACGGCGAUGCGAGCUACGCUUGCAAACUCUGUCCGGAUAGUAUUUUCCACACACAGACCGCAAUCAGGAACCACAUGCGCAUCCACGAGAACCCAGUGUACAAAGACCGGAACUGCAACGUUUGCCAUCGAACAUUCCUACGGCGGGACACGCUUCUAGUCCACAUGCGGACGCAUACGCGUGAGCGGCCCUUUUGCUGUGAUAUUUGCAACGCAACUUUCGCCCAUUCCAGUUCUCUAGUCUCCCACAAACGGAUCCAUUCCGGGGACAAACCCUACGAGUGUGACGUGUGCCACCUUCGCUUCCGCGAGUCCGGCCAAAUGUCUGCUCACCGGCGCAUCCACUUCGAUAAAACAUUCCAGUGUCCGCAGUGCAAGCAGUUUUACUCUUCCUCCAAGAAUCUGCGAGCUCACCUGCGGACGCAUACAGGCGAGCGGCCUUACAGGUGCGAUCAGUGCGAGAAGGCCUUCCGGACGUCGACGGCUCUUACUCUCCACGCUCGCGUCCACACCGGCGAGAAACCUUACAAGUGCCAAACGUGCGGAUUCGCUACCAAGCAAUCGGGAUGUCUAAAGGCACACAUGAGGACACACACCGGCGAGAAACCACACAAAUGCGACAUCUGCGAUCGCGCGUACUCGGAGAAAAAGCGCCUGGUCACGCACUAUCGCACGCACACUGGCGAGCGACCUUACAAAUGUCCUUUCUGUGGAUCGGGCUUUAUUCGCAGCGACAAUCUGAAGACCCACGUAAGGACCCACACGGGUGAGCGGCCGUUCAAGUGCGAGAGCUGUGAGAAGACGUUCGCCCAGAAGACAACGCUGAGGACGCACGAACGCGUGCACUCCGGGGAAAAGCCGUACGAGUGUAAGUAUUGCAAGCAACGAUUCCGGCAGUCAGGGAUCCUGAUCACGCACAUUCGCACGCACGAAGGAACGGCGCCGUAUCAGUGCCAGCUGUGCGACAAGGCCUACCGGCAGAAUGGGAAUCUGAGGAGACAUUAUCAGGUGGAUCAUAACGGGGAUCCGUACUAGUCAUGUUUGUUGUUGUCCUUUUUGUUUGCUUUGUUUAGUUGAAUGCGAAGGUGAUUGCUGUGGAAGCUAGUCAAGAUGAAGGAUAUGCAGGGAUUGGGCUGGGAUUUAGAAAAUUUCACCUGCUUUCCUGAGGAUUCAAUGCUACAGUUAGACACUCCGUGGAGAUAAGAGAAAAAAGAGUUAGGAACGAUCUCUUCCUGUAACUUUUUUAUUUUUGUUUUUUCUUGUUGAUUAUUUUUCAUGGAUAUUUGUGUUUUUCCUUUAAAAGGUUUGUUAAUUUAAUUAUUUAUGAGUUUACAAAUAAACUUAAUUUUCCAACUAUGUUAACGGACAGUGCGCGAACAACUAUUUGUGUCAUCAGCGUGGGAGUUGAAUUCCAUCUGGAAUCCUCCUUCCUUCUACGAAAUUAUUGAUGGUAAUGUCGUCCACAGCGGCUAGGUACAUUCGUCAAUUUAACGUUUAAACGGAUGAAAGAGAAAGCGAUUUCGUUCGGAGGAGAAAAUGAAGCGGAGACACAAAUAAUCGCCUCCCCACCUUAAGCCAACAGUGCCAAUCUGCCAAUCGGUAUUCAGACCAGUGAAUGCGAAACUUUUUUAAAGCUUCUACCUUCGUUUAGCAGAAAGACUAGAAGAAGAUUAGACAGCUCUGAUCACAACUCGAAGAACAUUGCUGCAUUAUUUGGGGUAAACUGUAGCCAGCAAGAAAGUACCAUUAGAGGGCAUGUCCGAAAUAUUGUUUAACGAGAAACACUUCGGUCAGUUUACUCCUAAUGAAAUAGGCGGCUUUGGCUAUGAAUAUAAUUCUAACUCAUGUUGUCUUUGCGAAUCAGCAAAUAUCAAAUACUAGAGAAGCGCUUUUGGUCACGCUCCUCCAAGGACAGGUGAGGUAGCAUCUCCAAUUUUUUAAUUCGAAUUAAGCGGACCGUGGAAAAACUUUCUAAGACCUACCCUACGCGACAAGUAUUUCAGUGCCAAAAAUAGUGGGACGGCGUGCAAAACGUCGAAAACAAACAAAAGACCACAUGGACCGCACACGCGGUGAGCAUUCUUUGCUUAUUUUCGAUGCUUUGCUUUUCAGCCUCAUACACACUGGUGAUUAACCGCGUUUUAAUAUGGAAACGUGUAUACUUAUAUGCACUACACUGGAACAAAAUUUCAAACACAGCCGUUGGAUGGAGAGCCGUGGUCGGACCUACAUUGAUUCUCACAUAACUGGCAAAUUUAUCCUUGCUCUUUCUUAGUUCUUGAAAACAAAUUGCAAAUAGGCCAGAUUCGUGAUGUCCUUGGAGUAGAGGAGGAAUCCAGUAUUUCUUCCCUUCGUUUCGUCCUCUUAAACUCUCUCUUAGAUAGCACCAGUCAACUCAAUGGUGCCCGUUUCGUUUGUGAACAGAAUGGCAACUGUUCGGUAACCAAUCGCUCCAGUUAUGAGGCUGAACAACCGCCAGUCAUUACAACUGCGUCUCACGGCUAGCCGCGGUUCCCAACCCUUAAAAAAUAAUGGCUCCUCAAAGUGUUUUUCUGUGUCAUCAUGGUAAAGUUUGAAUUUUCAACCCUACCUCGGGAAGAAGACGUCUAAAAUGGUGGAAGGAGUUUAAUAUCCUUGUAUACCACUAAUCGAUAUAGCUCAGGUAAAACCACCUAUCCUUUAACAGAAAGCAUUUUUGAUAUUUCGAUUGUAUCUGAUGAGGGCAUCCACUUCAAUUAUGAAUUGAUUGUGCAUUGUUCGGCAAUCUCACUGCCUCAUCAUGCGGUUGGGCAAACAUUUGUCAUUUCAACCACGUUUCGCGGCUAGCCUCGCCACGCAACCGCGUCAGGCGGUUCAGCACGUCGAUCAACCGCCAAAGCGGUUAGCCGCAAGUGCGUAUGAGCCCUAAGGCGUCUGCUCUUUUAGGAUACCAAUUAGGUCCCAUCCGAUUUGAUAUUAUCGGUAACCUUAUUGUACCUUUAGUAGACACUCAUAAGAAGCACCACUACAGAAUUUAUCGUAAAAGGCAGCUAACGUCAGAUUCAAAAGUGUGGUUAAUAUGCCCGAACAUUAAUUGAAAUUAUAUUUAAGCUCUUUGUAUCUCGUUCCAUAAUCAGGUGUUCAAAGGUAUUUGUUCUAGUAUAGUAGUAGUAGAUAGUUGCAACUUUCCAUAGGACUGACUUCAACGUUAGAAGCAUUGCUGUCUCGUUGUCCUAUAAUUUGUCGAGGUCAGGGAGUAUCUGGGAGGGGAAGGAGCAAAAACAAGAUAAUAUCUGCCUUUAUAGCCCUAAGCUGAGCGGUAAAACCAUGAAAUUGAAUGAGUAAAUACUGCAGUAACCUUGAGGCCUUUAAAAAACUUCUAAAAGUGCAACAGCUCUGAGCCCCCACACAGUGCAUCGAAUGUAUGGAAAAGGUCAAAAAUCGCCACGAUCAAAUUCAUAGUUCAUUUGCUUUGAUUUUGCCAUUUAAUUUUGAGGAUCAUUGUUUCGUAUAAUGCCAAAAUAUUUUGAAUUAGCAGAGGUGGGGUAGGUAUGUGGCUAACUUUUUCCUCACAGAAGGCAGGUCACAUGUGGAAUAUAUUCAAAAAAGCCUUAUCCAACUAUACAGGGUUGAUAAACCGAAAAUGGAUCACUUCCCAGCAUAUGUAGUAUCUAGUGGCGUUUGUAUUAGACAAAACGGUGAACAGUUUCCGGAGUUCACUCUCGAUGUUUGGUCGCGUUGUAACCUAAUUGUGAUUGCCUGGAGUUGAAAAAUUUCUUCAUCAUCCUCUUUCCCUAAGCUCGCACCAGGUUUUCGUUUUGGGAGAUGAAUUUUGCAGAUCUGCAAUUUCCAAAUGCUCUGUGCUGUUAAUUCCAAAAGUCGUUCGUCUGCAAUAUUUUGAUAUAGUAACAACGCAUUUUUCUUCAAAUUUAAUGAGUAUAAGCUGGAAAAGCAGUCUUUAUGUAGACCGUUAGCCAUAGACUUCAAAAACGUAUACUUUCUUUCGGACCAAUCUAAGUCAAUGCAUAAAGUUGGUGUCUGUUUGGGAUUUAAAGAUGGCUGUCGACUACUAGUUGCCACAACUGUAGCAAAUUUUAAUUCAGUAGGUGUCCUGCUCGCUACAAUGUUUUUCCAUGAAGCGUUUAUGUGGUAAUGAUUGCAAUUGCUGGGCAUCGGACGCUUGGUACCGUCUAGGAACACCUUAAUGGAUAUGUGCAGUUCACGCAACUAAGCUAUUUCAGGCCCAGAGAUAAGUACAUGAAGAAUAGAAAGGAUUUAGAUAACGACGGUGAUCUUAAGUGAAUUUUUCACUAAACAGCAAUUCUCUAAGAGAAAGCAACCUUCUCAGGAUAUCUCUCAUGCAGUUCUUGAUGUAGAUCUGUCCUAUAUCUGGUCGGAAGUCGGCCGUUAAUUUUUUUUAAAAGUUCUUCUAAUUCUUAUAAUGCAAUUUUCAAUACACCUUUGAAAAAUGUCCCUGAAUUGUCUUUUAUUUGGCACGUCGCCGGUCUCCAUUUGGCGUGUCGAUGGCUUCUUCUAAUAGAGCGAUAUUCAGCCUUCCCGAGGAUAACAAUCAGCAAUAGUGGUGGCUCCUUCAGAAUUUCAACUAAUUAAUUACUUCAUUCAACCUCCUUUGUUCAGACAUGAAAUAUAACAAUAACUGGACGUGGAAGCUGCCUGUAAAGGUUUUGAUGGAAAUAGUUGAAUAAAUAGUAGUCAGGUGCGCAUUAAAGACGGUUAGCUAUUUAAGUUUUCGUAAAAUAUUACCGAAACGGGAUAUUGAAGUGUGGUGGCAUUUAAUCAGGCUAUCUUCUUUCUUUUUGGAAGAAAUCUGGGAAGGUUUUCACAGCACAGAGCGACAGCACUUUCAUGGGUCCUUGGACACAUUAGUUGUAUUAUUUUGAAGCAAACAGCAGUUUUCUGAGACAAAGUAACUCUUAUUUGUUCUUGGAACAUCAUCUCGCUCUGUUUAUACGAAAAUAGCUUAGUCUCGGGUUGGUUAGUCUGCGUAGCUAUGCAGCUAGCUCACUAACAUUUUCUUGAAAAUGUCCAUCUCGAUUUCUGCUAACGCAAAGUUACAAAUUCGUCAUUGAAUAAACAUAUUCUGCCCUAAUCAUCGGGAGAAGAAAUUCUCGCCGAAAAGACCUUGUGCCAGGACUUUUGAAAUUAUAGACUAACUAGAAGGGCAAAGUACCAAUGUCGUUCCCUUCGCUGGUAAAAAAAAAAUAUUUUUCGAUGCCGAAUCCCGAUAUAUCGGGGACAACUUAUUCCCUUAAUCAGUGCUGGCGUUCUGCGUUUCAUGUAGUUUUCUCUAACGGGUGAACCAUGGAUAAGGAAUCCGGGAGCAGAACUGACCCAAUGUUCAAAAAAAUGACGGCUACCUUCUAGGUAUACAUAAAACAUACGAGUAUAUCGCUCUGUUGGCAGCAGAAAAAUAUGUGGUGGCGUUGUUCAAAUUAGUUCGAUUUUGUUAUGGAUGUUAAGGCAUUCAAGCAUCAUUUGGCAAUGAAGAGCCUGAAAGAUUGCCUUGUCGAAAACCUACAAUCGUGGCACUGCUUUGACGUCAUGCCAACAGAAUUCUUUUGAAAGCCGAGAUCGAGAGCCAAAUAGGAUCAUUUGAAUUCAAAAAUUGUUCGGAAGGAACCCGAGGCUACUAGCCCAGCUACUUUUGGUCAAUAAGGGGACACUGCUCUUUAAAUUAUGAACUUGUCUAACUUUAGCAAAUAUGCUGAGGAGAAAACCCUACGCUGCUUUUUAUACAUAUCUGAUUCUUUGCCAUUCCCAGAUUCGUGUGCCACCCCCAGAUUCGUGUGCCACCAGAGGCAGCAUCUGUCACAGAUCCUAAGGCGCUAUCUAUAACUGUGCGCCACGCAAUUCUUUAGUGAUUCACCGGCCAUCCUAGAAUAGUGAGGUCCAUUACAUGAUAUAACUUACAGUGUCUGACCUAUCCAUUGUCACUUUUGGUUUCAGAUCAACAUGACCCCAGGUGUUCGCCCUCACCCCGACAAAGUUCUUGGCUUGCCAUUGCUUCAAGAGCUUAUGCGCGAAAGUGGCAGCCUCUAUAGGAUGCUGGUGUUGAGAUAUUUGCACUUGCUGAGUUUGGAAAAAAUCCGGUGCGUUAUUGGCAGAAAUUACAUUUACUGAUUAUAAAAAGUGGCCGAUGUCUUCGAUGCUCCAUGUAUUAAUACGAAUAGAAAGAGUGCAAUGCGCCAUCAAACUGAGAACCUUGAUUUUGUUUUUUUUUUAUCUACAGUCCGGCUCUAAGAUUUUACCUGGAUGCAGCACGUUAAAUUUUGCGUCAUCAUAUGUCGCUCUGAUAGUAAUUAUUACCUUUUCCGUUACGCUCGUCAUCACUCGCAGCGUUUAAUGGAGCCUUCAAUUUCUUCCGUUCAUCGAUCCGCUUCUGUAGUCUGCCAGACAAAUAAUCCACCGGAUCCUUAUUUUUCCGCAAUGGACAAAUUGGCUCGCUGUCUUCUCAGAGACAGUGACAAUGACCAAUUUUUGUUCUCUGGAGCUGACCGACCUAACUCUCACUUUAGGAUUGCUCACAUCUGAGUAAUCCGUUUUUAUCGGUUCCUCUGUCUUUUCUGUAUUAGUGAGAAAAUACAGAUCCCUUAUUUCAAGGGAGCACAUGGGUUCUAGGCUGGAAAACACUUCUUAUCAGUCUUCGACCCAAUCUCGACAAAUAUAUUUCCGGUUCAAGUCCGCUGGAUAGAUUUAACAUCUUCCGCGAAAGAUCUCCCUUCGCUUGAUGAGAAUGGCCUCUGAUCAUGGUUUGGCCUUUCUCAUUUUAUUUGGCGCUGAUGUUUCCUUCUACUUUGCUACGCUAUUCAACUAUUGUUGUUGCUGAGUUUUCUCUUUUUUUUCGACGCUGCUGGUGCACUUGGUCGCGGAAUUCUUCUUAAUGCGUCCUCGUCGGCAGAUCCACGCCGUUUUCCCUCGUCUCCUUAUUUCGGUUGUUAGUUUCUCUCCACUGCGUUUUGUGCAACUAGGGGCUGCACUUACGAUGUGCCUUUGCCUCAGCUUCUCUUCAGCUGUCUUCCAGGAGUUUCGCUUGUGUGCAAUAAAGUCCAGCAAGUGAGAUGAUUUUCAUUUCAGCCUGGUUGCCUGGUUGGGGAGUUUGUCGCUCUUGUUUCCCGACAAAAAGCUUUCACGCAGCUCGGAGUUACGGAGGCGGAAUUAGGUUUCAAAGUUAACCAUGCGACCAAUUGUUCGAUAUGAUUCGACGGCAGAGAAGGAAUUCCAAUGAUAGUAGAUCAUUUACCGAAUUUCUCUAUAUUUCACGGAGGUGGUAUAGUGACGAUUACUUCCGGCCAAAUUGUCGUAAUGGGUUUCCACCCAUUUUCACCCUCGAUUGUAUAUGCGCUCCCCGUUGAGUACAGACAAGGGAAGGCCAACUAUUUCUCGACCCGUUCUCGUCUGUGCUUUUCGACAUUGGGGGUGGUUCGAGGGAAUGGUGUUUGAUUGUUGAAAUUGCGAAAACUGUUCAUCGGAAUGGCAUCUUAUUGAAUUCAGCCACCAGUCAGCUCAUCAAAGAUCUAAAAAAUUGAAUUAUCUUUUCUCCUUUCAUUGUAUUCGGUUUCAAUUUUGAUUGCCAUAUUUCCCGAUUGCUAAUUUUAUUCAGACCGAGUUGAAGAAUACUUUUUUUCUGAUCCCUCCCAUCAUCUGCAAUUGUUCUACUUCGUCUUGACGUUGCAUUUUUUUCUCCACUUCCUUAUAAUGUGAAAAUCUUUAGCUAACAGUUUUUUCAUCAAGGUCUGACAAAUAUUUGAAAAAUAUUUUUU